UAACAUUAAUUCUACUUACGAAUAAAAAUAAGUAAAAAACACAACGAAGAAACUAACCUGACUGCCCUCCUCUUUUACUUGUCAAAUGGGGUUCUUUAUUUUGAAAGAAGGUCGGGACGUGUCCGGAAAAGAGCCGUUGGUAUCGCGCGCAUGUGUCACGGGACACAAAACAGUGAUACGGACGAUGGGGGAUGUAGUUUUACAAUAACAAAAACAUUACCCAGAAUGCAAUAGUUUACGGGACAUACCAGGCGGGUAAUAAGAAAAGUAACAUCAUGAGAAAACUCAUCCUGCGGCAUUUGACAGUUGUAAAUAUAUAAAUCCCAAUUUUAGUGACGCGGAAAAAUAACACGUCAGCUGAUCAUUUCCCGUUGGUCGAUAGCAUUAUUUGGGAGAAGCCGAAUUCUAGAUCGUAUUCUCGGUAAAGACGACAACGUGGACUCGGCCCUCACGCGGGCAUCUUUCAAGGCUAACUAGCCUGUUAGCUGGGAUGCUAGUCAUGAGUGGCUGAAGAACGAAACGACAGUUGGUGUUGAGUGUGUACCUCGUGAGGACAAAAUGUCUGGCUUUAACUUUGGAUCGGGCGCGCUCGGUGCCGCCAACAACACUGGUGGAGGAUUUUCAUUUGGUGCCGCAGCAAGUGCACCUGCGGCCAACACCGGCGGCUUCUCCAUCGGAGCUGCUCUGGGCGCAGCAGGCACCACCCUCGGCGCUGCCACCAGCACCCCGGCCUCGUCUCUGGGUCUGGGAGGCUCUCUGUUCGGUCAGAAGACCGCUGGCUUCUCUUUCAACACCCCCGCCUCAAGCGCCGCCGCACCCACCACUGGCCUUAUGUUAGGCGCCCCGGCCGCUACAGCUGCGUCCACUGGCUUCAGCCUGCCCUUCACCAAGCCCACCGGCUCAGCGCCCCCCUUCUCCCUCACCACCGCUCCCACCUCCUCGGCGGCCCCUGCGGGGGCGGGUUUGUCAUUUGGCUCUGUCCUGACAGGCACAGCUGCGCAGCAGCACGCGGCGGGCUUCUCGCUGGGGCUGGGCUCAACAAUGACCACGGUGGCGGCGACGGGCCAAUCGCUGGGCGGGAGUCUCUUCUCCAACACUUUGUCUACAGGUUUGGGUCAGACAACUCUCGGAGGAGGCGGGUUAACGUUGGGAUCUCUAUUGGCUUCAUCCACGGCCAUAUCAGCGGCCCCUGCCCCAAGUAUGGGCCUGGGCGGAGUCGACUUCACUACUUCCUCCGAGAGUAAGAGCGACCCGUCGUCCGGAGCCAACGCAAAGGACAGUAAAGCUUUGAAAGAUGAGAACCUCCCUCCAGUUAUUUGUCAGGACGUUGAGAAUUUCCAAAAAUUUGUGAAAGACCAGAAACAAGUUGAGGAGGACAUCAGCAGGAUGUCCUCGAAGGGCAUUUCUAAAGUCCAAGAUGACAUCAAGAGCCUCAAACAGCUUCUCUCUGUCAGUGCCAGCGGCCUACAGCGUCAAGCUCUGGCCAUCGAAAAGCUCAAGCUGGAGACGGCACAGGAGCUGAAAAAUGCAGAAAUAGCAUUACGUACGCAAAAGACUCCCCCCGGACUUCAGCAUGAGAACACUGCUCCGUCAGAUUACUUCCACAGCCUGGUCGAGCAGUUCGAGGUGCAGUUGCAGCAGUACCGGCAGCAGAUAGAAGAACUGGAGAACCACCUGACGACGCAGAGCAGUGGCUCCCACAUCACUCCUCAGGACCUAACGUUGGCCAUGCAGAAGUUGUACCAGACAUUUGUCGCGCAGGCGGCCCAGCUCCAGUCCGUUCACGAGAAUGUCAAGAUCUUAAAGCACCAGUACCUUUCGUACCGCCGGGCCUUCCUGGAAGACUCAACGGAUGUCUUUGAAUCCAAACGGGCAUCCAACAGGAAGUGGCAGAGCGCACCGCGAAUCACCACCGGGCCCGCCCCGUUCUCCAAUGUUCCCAACGCUGCAGCCGUUGCCAUGGCAGCCACGUUGACCCAGCAACAGCAGCCAACUCCAGGGACCCAGGCGCCCCUGGGGGCCGGGUUUGGAAACCCCUUUGCUUCGGCAGUGGGCAGUAGCUUGGGCUCUUCUACCCUUGGAGGUUUUGGUGGUGGGCCAGGAUUUGGUGGGGUGGGGACUGGGGGGUCUUCUUUUGCCUUCUCCACCAGUAAGCCCACAGGAGGCAGUCUGAGUGCAGGUUUCGGUAGCAGCAGCAGCUCGGGCUUUAACUUCAGUAACCCGGGCCUCAACCCCUCGGCUGGCCUGACCUUCGGCGUGUCUAACCAAGCCGCUACGGGCUUUGGCGCUACUCCCCUCCUCCAGCUCAAGAAACCCCCCGCUGGUAAUAAACGGGGCAAGAGAUAGAACUGAGAGCAUAAAACCCCCCUGACAGUCCAGCUGACGGGUUUGUAUCAAGUAAGGCCCGGUCUCCCAAAAGCAUACAAGUGCUCCAUUAAUCACUAUCCAAAUACACAGCCAUCAUUUGAAUCCGAGGGAUCAAAUUUAAACCACCAUGAAACUGCAAUACGGGAACACAUGGGUUUACACACGUUCAGAUAAAAACAAGCGUUAUUGGUCAGUCGUACGUACUUUAUUGUCCAAGUUCACGUCCUACUAGAUUAGAUUGUUCAAUUGUAUUGCUUCUCUCUCGUCAAUCUACAACCUCCGGAUGGAUGUGAUCGACAGUGGAGUGUAUUGAAAUGCCGUUUGCAUCAUUUUAAAUGUUAUUUUUCCCCGUUUGCGUUAAAUCUAUAAUGUUUAGCGCUGCGACGCUUUUGGGGAAUCCCAGCCGUGAACACAGCUGGCUCAAUGACAGAUAGUUCAGGUCUCUGCGAUGAAGUGCUUUUGUCGAGCCGGAUAUGUUUUUGUGCUCUGCGGUCCAGAGUGCAUUUGGUUUCAUUGAGUUGAAGAAACCGCAGAUCGCUUAGCUGCACUUGAACUCCGCUAAAAUGAUAAAUUGGCCCGAGCCUCGUCCAGGGAAGGGUAGGAUUCCAUUUAAGGAAAGAGGUUUAGUGGGUUUGGAGCAGUGUAGUCGCUGCGUAAGGUGUCCAUCGGGAGUAUUAUGUGAUCCCAGGUGCUUUUUUUUUUAGGCACAGGAGAGCGUCCAGGGGGGUUUGGGGGAAGCACAGUUUUAUUUUUGUAUUAAGUGGAGUAAGAGAUGACAUACGGGAGGGGUAAAAGCAGCACUUGGGACAGUCCACAAUCAAGUCCACGUGACCUGUGUUGUUUUGCUAAAGUCCAUCCCUCCAUCAUUGUUUCGUGGUGGCGUUUUAGACCCAUUCAGUUGGCCAUAAUGUAAAAACAUGGGAGAGGAAACGCUGUGCUGUUUGUAUUACAUGGCUCCCAUUACAUAAAAAGUUGGUUGAACCUGGAAAGGGUUUUACCAGAAGAUUCUAGCUGCUCAACCCUAUUAGUGUGCUAGAAGAGGUCUGCACAUGUCGUAUGUGACCUGGCAGUGCAUGUGUGCUCAUUGCACAAGUAUGAAUUUGUCUCCUGUUGUCUUUCAUAAUUGCUGACUUCUUUUGAACGUCAAGGAUGGUGGGGAUAUUUUGCUUUUUUUUUGUGUGUUCAGUUACCAAAUACUGGUAGAUGUACAAUUAUUUCCGAAUCACUGUCUGUAAACUUGUAUUUUCAAGAAGCUGUUUAUUAAUAAAAUCUUCAUUAGGAUGUUUUGCCUGUUUACGGCAACACUUCAAUAAAUGUGUGUGUUUACACAGAA